AUGCUAAUUUCCCUCGGCAGCCGAGCUUUCACUCUCCCGUCAACACUCUCUUUUGGAACAUUCAUCAAACACCUUCCAACUCCAAGACCAUCAUCUCUUCAAUUCAACCCAAUUUCAAUCCAUAAAGCCACCCGCGCACUCUCCUCUGCCGGAGGUGGCGUUCACAGUACACAUUUCGAAGCCUUAACCUCGAAACAAAAACAUCAAAUUCAUGUCUACAUUGACUCCCUUCUCCAAUGGAAUCAGAAGAUGAAUCUUACUGCGGUGAAAGAAGAAAAUGAGGUGAUGGAAAGGCACGUGGAGGAUUCUUUGGCAAUUAUUGAUCCUAUUCGUAGCUCAUAUCUUUCUCAUUGUGGAGAGUCUUUAGAAAAUAUGAGUGUUGUUGAUGUCGGAAGUGGAGCAGGGCUUCCUGGAUUAAUCCUGGCCAUUGCAUGCCCCGGUUGGAAGGUGACAUUAUUGGAAUCUAUGAAUAAGCGAUGUGUCUUCUUGGAGAAUGUGGUUGGUCUCAUUGGCUUGCCAAAUGUUCAAGUUGUAAGAGACCGCGCUGAGUGUUUAGGACAAGUAGAUGCCUUCAGAGAGAGCUUUGAUGUUGCAGUUGCUAGAGCAGUUGCAGAAAUGAGAAUUCUAGCUGAGUACUGUCUUCCCCUAGUCCGUGUGGGUGGUUUGUUUGUUGCUGCUAAAGGCCAUGAUCCCCAGGAGGAAGUUGCAAGAGCUGAAAGAGCUAUCCGUUUGAUGGGUGCUUCUCUUUUGCAAACGUGUUCUGUGGAAUCACACAGCAAAUAUGGGCAAAGAACAGCAGUUAUAUGUCUAAAAGAUGGUUCCACCCCGAAGAAAUAUCCUCGUGCUUCAGCUGGGACAACUUCUUAUUGUUAG